AUGGGUAAGAUAGAUGGUUACCACAUGAUGGUUAUCACACAAUAUUUUUCGUUAUUAAAAGAUUUCAUUUCAAUAGAAAGUGUGAGUAAAAAAUAUCAAUGCAAUAUGGAAAAGUUUCAUAGUAACCCCAUUCCAUUGACUUAUAAAACAAUAAAAUAUUUUCCAAACAUUGAGACUUUAAAUAUUUGGUCUAAAAACGACGAAUUUUUUGGAAAUACUAUUUUUGACUUCACCAAAGAAAAUUCUCAAAAGAAAAUCGACUUUUUUAGAAUUAAUAUUUGGUUUGGAGUUGAAUACACUUUUGCUCAACUUCACAGCGACACAAAUUUUUCUUUCAAAAAUUAUAUAUACACCAAAGAAGACCGAGAAAAGUACGGUGACACAAUCCCAUAUAAAACUAAGGCGCUUGGUGCAAAUUAUUUAAAAAAUUCUCAAAUCACAACUUUUGAUAUUCCAAAAGUAAUCACAUCAAUUGGCACAAAUUGUUUCUUUAAAUGUACUUCAUUGACUUCAGUGACACUUUCUGAUGCAUUAAAAGAAAUUGGAGAUAACUGUUUUUCACAAUGUCAAUCUCUUGUGUCGAUUGAUAUACCACAGUCGGUGUAUAAAAUAGGUAAUAACAGCUUUUCUCAUUGCGACAAAAUCACUUCCAUUAAACUUCCUGAAGGUCUUGUUACUUUGUCAACGGAUUUGUUUGGGUUUUGUAACAAAUUAGACUCGGUCACAUUUCCAUCAUAUUUACUCACAAUAUGGGAUCGUUGUUUUGAAUUUUGUAUGUCAUUAAAAUCGAUAAAAAUAGCACAGUGUGACAAUAGUAUUGGCGAAUGUGCCUUUCUUAGUUGCACAAACUUGACAUCUGUAUUUAUUGGAGGAAAUUGUUUUAAUCUUGGUGAGAGUUGUUUUAUGGGGUGCAUUUCACUUGUCUCAAUACAAUUACCAGACAACAUAUCGAGAUUUGGAAUCGAAUGUUUCAGUAGGUGUUCAUCAUUAAGUGGCAUUAAACUUCCUUCUAAAUUACGAGAAAUUACAAAAAUGUGUUUUUCCAAUUGUUCAAAAUUGGAGAAUGUUCUUAUUCCAGAAUUCGUCACUCGUAUUGGCAUUCGAUCGUUUGAAUAUUGUGUAUCAUUAAAAACGAUAUCAGUUCCAAGUCGUUUGAAAGAAAUUGAAACGAAGUGUUUUAUUGGAUGUACCACUCUUGAUAUAUCUCUUUUAAACACUGUUGAAAAAAUUGGUGAAAAUUGUUUUGAAAAUUGUCAAUGUAUCCCCAAAGAGUCAAAAGAAACAAAACAAAGUGAACUUAAAAUUACAAAAGAAAAAGAAACAUUGAAUAAAUGUUCAAUAUCUUAA